GUACGAGCUUCACUGAUGUUGUGUUUAAAAAUGGGACGUCGCUCCUCGGACACGGAAGAAGAGAACAGAAGCAGAAGGAAAAAGAAACACCGCAGGCGUUCAUCUUCAAGUAGCUCCUCAGACAGCAGAACAUACAGCCGUAAAAAAUCUGGAAGGAAAUCGAGGUCAAGGUCGCGGUCUCGGGAUCUCCAGUCUCGCUCACAUUCUUAUGACAAAAGACGCAGACACAGAUCAAGCAGUAGCUCUUCAUAUGGAUCUAGAAGAAAACGCAGUCGUAGCCGAUCAAGAGGCAGAGGCAAAUCCUACAGGUCUCAAAGAUCGAGAUCAAAAAGUAGAACAAGAAGAUCGCGCUCAAGACCUCGUCAACGUUCUUAUAGUCGAAGUAGUGAAAGAUCCAGUCAUAGGAGAACUCAUAGUGGGUCUCGUGAAAGAGAGCGGCGUAAAGGCAGAGAGAAAGAAAAAGUAAAAGAGAAAGGCAAAGGAAAAGAGAAGGAGAUAUGUGGCGCGAAGCAUGGGGACCCUGGAAACAUCAAAGCUGGAUUAGAACAUCUGACUCCUGCUGAACAGGCCAAAGCUAGAUUACAGCUGGUUCUUGAGGCAGCUGCUAAAGCAGAUGAAGCAUUAAAGGCUAAAGAGAGAAGUGAAGAAGAAGCAAAGAAAAGAAAGGAAGAAGACCAAGCCACCCUAGUAGAGCAAGUGAAACGAGUGAAAGAAAUUGAAGCUAUUGAAAGUGACUCCUUUGUUCCACAGACAUUCAGAUCCAGUAAAGAAGUCAAAAAGUCAAUAGAGCCUGCUGAACUAAAACAUGAACCUGUAACAAUAGGAGCGGGAACUGUUGAAGCAUCUGCUCCUGAAAAAGAAACAGCACCUGCCAAUAUCCCUACUGCCAUCAAAUACCAGGACGAUAAUUCUUUAGCACAUCCAAAUCUGUUUAUCGAGAAGGCAGAAGCAGAAGAGAAAUGGUUUCAGAGGCUGAUGGCACUUCGGCAGGAAAGGCUGAUGGGCAGUCCGGUGGCCUGAACAAACUCCUGUGACCAUAGUGUACAAGAUCUCAAUGAAUGCUGAGAAAUUCUACCAUUAAAUGUUUUAUUUUUCUCUUUUGAGGGGAUUUUAAUACUCAGUAUGAGAUGUACAGAGAAUAAAUAUUUCAACCGAAUAAACAAGAGUGUUCUAUCCUCAGUUUUUUUCCCCUAACUCAUUGCUGGGUUACUUGUAGCGCUGAGAAGGGAAGGCUUUCAGAGCAGUGUAAUUUGCUUUUUCUGUACUGGAUUCCUCUUGGGUGCAGACUUGACAGCCCAAGGAGACGUAAUUUUAUACCUCCCAAUCCCCCCAAAUAUAUAACCGUGUAGCAGUUUAAAGAUAAAUGAAAAAAAUAAGACUGUCAAAGAAAGUUCAGAUUUACCAGUGCUCAGACAGUAGGAGUACAAAUGAUUCCGCCCUGGGCCAUUAGAUCUUUUGCAGCCGUAGAAGGAUUCAGGGCAAAUUAUGUUGCUGUUAUCUCGUCUUCCUUCCGCCUUGUGUUACGGGAGCAGCUUUUGAAUCCUGAACAUCUGUGGGCAGUCUCCUCGCUGAGGGGCUGUUCUGAAUUGAUGCGCUCAUCCGCCCGCUCCAGCCUUGUCCGGGGUCCUCGCUUUUGGUGGUCUGGAGUGGAAAGAAAUGUUUUAAAUUUCCCUGAGUAUCUGCCCACUACUGUUAGCAUCCUGCUAGAUGUAAGGAAAAACUAUGUUAACCUUUUAGAUAAAUUUGUUACAUUUUCAGCAGUUUUCAAUAACUGUAUUUCCUAUGCAAUUUUAAGCAUAUUAAGAUGAUCAAUAAUAAGGCAAAGACAGUCUUCUCUGAAUUCUUAAUGGGAAAUAACAUAAAGAUUGUGUCUACUGAUACAGACCUUUAUCAAAAAGACAAAUGAAAUACCUCUUACUGUACAGACAGUUUUCAGUAUAUGAAGUUACCAUUUUGUCCAAGUGUGACUUUAAAAUAAUGGGAGAUUAGUCACAUUUGCCCAUCUCAAGCUUAUCCCUCAGGUAUAUUUAAAAAAUAUGGAUCUGUCCGUCAUCUAACUAAAUUCCAGAGAUCAACCAAAUAAAAUACAAAAGUAUUUCUUUUGAGGUGUUUGGUAAAUCUGUGAGAAAACUAUUCCAUCAAGAGAAGACUAAAAUAAGCCUCCAACUAUUGGACAUAAUAUCUCAUUGAAAUUACCUGCCUGGGCUUUUCUUUGGGAAUGAAGAAAUUUGUAAGGCCUUUUUCUUUUGUAAAAAAAAAAAAAAAAAAGUUUACUUUUCCUUCUUCUCAGAUCUGCAGUGAAAACAAUCAGAGGGAAAAAGAUUCUGGAAAUGUACUUUGGUAGUCUUAUUUAUGUUUAGAUCAUUGAUGGAAAAUGUAUUAAAUUUGCAUUCUAACAUGUUUUUAAUUUUUCAUUGUGAACACUGUUAGUUUUAUGUGGUCCUACAUUAAAAUGGCUAUCUGUGUUUCAAGACUAUCUUGUCUGCAACAAAAAGUGGAAAAAAAAGUUGUCUUGUUUCAUUUCAGCAUUUUCAAGUGGCAAAUAUCUGUCGUUGUCCUGUUUUCUAAUCACUUUCUAUGUUUCUUUCAAAGUAAAUAAAAAACUGUGAUCCCUAC